AUGGAUUAUGCUGAUAGACUAACUUGGCAUGUUGUACUUGAAAAUAUAAUCGAAAUUCUUACAAUUUAUAUUUGGCCAAUAUUCUUUUCAACUCAUUAUCAAAGAGUUAUAAAACAAUUGUUAGCUUUUAUUGAAACAGAAAAUACGACUAUUUAUUAUCCACAAUCUUUAUCUAUAUCCAACCCAGUUAAGUCAGCAUUUCUCUUUGUAAGUAAAAUUAGUCGUGGAAUUGAGUGA